AUGUCGAUUUUUCCUGGUGCUGGUGUUGAUUAUUUGAUUUACAAUGCUGCCUAUGAGCAUCCGGUUAGUAACUUCCUUGCUAUAAGUAUCAAGGAGUCUGAUACUGGUUUAGCUCCUCCUAGUCAAUGGGAUCUCGUAAGGAAGCGUUUAUCCAGUUUAAGAGCUUUGCAACAUGAGCUUUGUGUUACAGCAGCUUAUGGGAAUAUUUUGCCUAACAAGUUGCUUAAUAUUCCACUACCUGGAAGAGUGAACCUACAUCCUAGUUUGUUGCCACUGUACUGUGGUGCUGCGCCAGUGCAACAAGCAUUACAGGAUGGUGUUGAAGAAACAGGAGUGACAGUAGCAUUUACGGUGCGGAAGCUAGAUGCAGGGGCAGUGAUUGCCUUUAAGGGUUUCCAAGUUGAUGAUCAAAUAAAGGGUCUAAGCUUCUUAUACGCGAACUUUCGGCCGGAAUGGUGGGGAACACGAGCUGAAGUCUUAGUCCUGGAUGAAAAAAGCGGUCUGCAUAACGAGCUAGAGCUUAAGAUCAUCACCUCUCAAAUAUGUCAAAGUACAGAAACCCUGAAUGGUGAGCAAGAUUGUAUAACUUUCAAGAAAGGUUCGUUGGUGUUUUCUUGUGGAGGCACAUCUUUGGAGGUACUUGAACUUCAACUUCCUGGUAAGAAAGCGAUCAAGGCAACUGCUUUUUGGAAUGGCUUGAGGGGUCAAAAGCUGAAAAAGCUAUGAGUACAAAGACUCGAGUUUGUUUUAAGGUCGUAGCAAUAGUGAGAAACUUAGAGAAAUUGUUCCUAAAUGUCAAGUCUAUUUUUGUAAACCGAAAUGUAAACCGAUUUUAGUUUAUAAAUAAAAUUUAUUUAUUUUUCA